ACAUGAUACACAGACACAAUGCACUGUAACUCUUUUCCUUUCCCCCAGUAACCUCGAAAGUUUCUGUAGCUCAUGCAAUAAAUGGCUGAGACAGUAGGUGUAAUGCCAAGAGAGGAAGAGGAGCGCCAAAAUAACAGGGAUGAUGAAGACCCGUUUCCGAAUUGUGAUGCUGUAACAGCAUCCCUCGGUUGCUCUGCCAGCCCUUCGUUAGCCAACCUUAAUGAAGACAAGAGAAGCUCAGCGGUGCCAGAAAGACUGUCCACCCUCUCCAGCAAGGCCGUGGCCCUGGCAAAAGCUGUGACUGGCCCUGAGAUGCUCAGUGGUGGCCAGGCACAGAGGAGAGCCCCUGGGCUGGCUGAGCAUCAUCCCACAGCUGUAAAUGCAUCGCUGGGUGGCUCGUCGUACCCCAUGGCGGUCAGUAACCUGCAGCCUGUGGGCAUUGCCUCCCUGUGCUCCAAAAGCCCCUGCUGCAAUAGCGACCUGAAUUUGGAGGUGCUGCAGGUCCCAAGAGUGCCCAGUGGGGCCAAGGAGCCCCCGCAGACUGUCACUGCCCUGCCCGGGACCGACCCCGGGGGCUGCCACGUGCAGCAGGCAGGGAGCGGUGCCAAGGGUGAUACUGCCCCUUGUAGUCUGGGACGGGUGAGUUGGAUGAAGACCGCAAAAGUAAUGGAGACCUUAGAAAAUAAGAAAAAGGAGGAAAAGGAGAAGUACCGGCUCCAGCUAGCUAUGUACAGACGGCUUCUGCUGUUGCGCUCAAUCAGGAGUUUGCAUAAGCAGCUGGAGCAGCAGCAGGCCAGAUUGCAGGAAUGCUACGGCACUGUAAUAAAUACCAAGAAAGAAGUGUUGAAACACAUUCGCUCAACCUCGCCCUCACCUUCGCCAUAAUCAUGUUGCUGCAUGCAGAAAUGAGCUUUGUAAUGCCACCGGAGCUGUCGGUAAGCUUGCAUGCCGUAGGGGUGGUGUCCUUAUACCCAAAAGAACAUGCCCACGUGAGCCGAGAGCAGAGAGGAAACAGCAGCAGCAGCAAAGCAAGAAGAAAGGGGAAGGUAAAGUGUUGGCUCCUGAACUUAUCUGGAAGAAACCAGAGCAAGAUUGUACCUGUGCAGGAAGCCGCCUCCUGAAGUGCUCUCAAAGCCUCAAGCUGAAAUAGGAUUUUUGGCAUAUAGGUUUGUAAAAAUAAAUAAAUGCCCCCCCACACCCCCCCAGCAACCGGGAACCUAGUCUGACACCUGAUCUGCAAAGAUCAUCAGAUGCAAGAGUUGCUGCCUGCUGAAUAUGUGAUAUGGCACAACUCCCUUCUACUUUCAGCACUAACAAAACUUGAGCAGAAAUAGGGUUCAUUUGUCUGCAGGAAUACCUUAAAUCUAGAAAGCCAGGAUGUUUGAAACGCUUAAGCUCAGGCUUGAUUAUACCUACCUAGCUGCCUGUUUUUCACAGAACUGCUAUGGCCAUUGUACAUUUGUGACCUCUACCCUCCUAUAAAAUGUAUUCAGGUUUACCAGAAAUUGUUGUGGGAAGGUAGGACAGUCGAACACAUGCACAGGGAGACAGUGCAACUGCCUAAGCCUUAUUUCCUUAGGAAAGCAAGCUAAAAAGAAAGGCCUUGUAAUCUGGUGUUACAUUGGAAACCCAGACUGGCAGUGCCGGGGAAUGUUUGAGGUCUGCACAAUUAUUAAUCUGCUGCUAACUCCCAGUGGCACUAGUGUCUGCAAAUUGAGCAUAUUUUGUGCCUUACUGCUGUCAUUUAAUGGAAGUUGGUGACAAUUAGCACUUUUUAUCCAGGUGUAUUAGACAUGUGGAAAACCCUAGAGCACUGUUUCUCCAAUUGCAAGGUUAGGAUGCCUGCAGGGAAUUUGAUGUCAGUAUGCAACAAACACACAGGGAAAAUGAAAGCAAAAAGAUGCAACUUUUUUUUGUGCGCACUUAAAAGACAAUGUUAGUCCCUAUUAUAGAACAGUAAAUUGAAUAGCUGAAUGCACUGGUUUAGGAUCUGAAGCAAAAAAAAAAAAAAUAAUCAAGAAGAAAAGAUACUGAAAAGCUUAAUUUUCUAGGAUUUAAAGUGACAUGGAAAAAUAUCAUUUUUUUCAGAUAUUUAUUUCUGAUAGCGCCACCUUCCCUUUUCCCCUGUUGUUUUGUUGUAAAUGUUUAGGUAGAUGGACAAUCAAACAGGUUUUUGGUGUGUUUUUUCUGCAUGAAAAGGCAAGUCAUUUCUUUCUGAGAAUAAUGUACAAUGUAUAGGAAAGUUCAUCCUCAGCUUUUUUGUGUGUGUAUAGAGAGAAGGUGUGUGCAUGUGUAUGUAUUCACACACAUACUCCUGUAUACAACAGGUUAUGAAAAGCUGGUGGUGCUUUUUCUGUAGCAGAAGCAGGAAUAAUAUCUCAAAAUAAUCCCUGCUGUCUGUGAGGAGUUUGGUUGAUUAGAUUCACAUGCACACAUCUGUGAGUAAGGUAUUGAAGUAAUUCAACAAUUGAAGUGCAGCACAACAUUUUCAUUAUUCCGUCUUUGUAUUUCUAUGCACCCAAAAUUAUGGAAGCCCCCUGGGUACGCACAACCUUAGAUAGGCUCAUUCAUCUCCUUGGGCCCUGGUGUAGCCUCUCAGGCAGCACGAGCCUGUAACUUUGAAUGCAGAACUACCACAGAAACAUCCUUGGCAUCAAGGAGAUAUGUGAAGAAGCAUCCUCUACUGCCUCGUUUGGGGGAUUCGGGUUGCCAGGGGCCCCUAGCAGGCUGCAGAAGGGAGCUGGGGAUCGCGUGUGACCAAGAGACAGUACUCCCCACUCUGGUCCCAUCCAGCUCUCUGCUCAGCCGUGGGAAAGCUGUUCUCUGUCAGUAAUGCAGGUUUCCCAAAGAACGCCUAAAUGCUAAACUCACCUCAAAGGUAGCCAGUUCUGUCUUAAUAUGCCUCCCAAGAAGGAAGGAUGAUCAUGCCCAAUAGGGCUAUGCAAAGAUUUUUUUUUUUUCUUAUUUUUUUUUGUACUUCAUGAACUAGAAAAGCCUUUUUGUCAUUGGUUAAGAGGGAGAGUAAGUGUUCUGCUAAAUCAAAUGCAGGCAAACCACUACUAUGUCAUCUCUCUUGAGGAAACAAGUGUUGAAGAAGGGACACAUCUCAAAAAUAUUACUGAGUUUUGAACUCAAAUGUCAAAUUGUUCCCAUCAGGAUGACAGUCAGAAUGUAUACAUUUAUUAAUUUUGGCCAGCUUUUUUUUUUUGUUUGAAAAAAAAAAAAAAUCUCAUUUUGACUAAUACUAUCAUGUCAUUGAAUUUUCCAUUGAAAUAAAAUAUAUGCACAAAAAUAUAAAAAAAAACCUGGUAAGACAAAGUAACUAUUUUGCCUCAGUUUCUGCUGAAGUAGAGUAUUGUCCUGUAUUUUCUGCAAGAAGUGGAGUGCCCUCCAUUCCCACAUAGAGCUGCCUAUAGUGUUAUAUUGUCAUUUAAGGGUGACUAGAAUAACAUUAAAAUAUACUUCUCACAUAAUACACAGUGCAGUGAUAGUUGAGUUGUCAACUUGUCUAACUGAAAGUGCUUUGUGGCAGAACUGUGACAAUCUUUGUUUUGUACAACACCUCUCAUAAAAUUUCAUGAUUCUAAUUGGGAGCAGUAGUUGCUUCUGCACUGUGAAUAUUAAAUACAAAAAGAUUUGUGCAUGAGCAAUGCUGUCUGAUAGCUGGAAAGAAAACGAAGCUAAGACUUGUUCCAUGUGUGCACACUUUUUCCAUGUAGCGCUUUUAUGGAUACAUGCAAAAUAAAUGUUAUUUGAGGAAA